AUGUUGUUAACGACGGUCUUUCUUAUUUUCACGAUUUUUUGCCUCUACUGCAUCUACGAUUGCCUUAAACCAAAAUAUUUUCCACCAGGUCCUACUUGGUUACCGAUAAUAGGAUGUUUAGUGACUUUCAAACGAUUACAAUUUAAACACGGAUUUGCGCAUUUGGCGGUUAAAGAGUUGGAGAAAUCGUACGGGCCAAUCUUAGGAUUGAAAUUGGGAUGGCAAAAAGUUGUUAUUAUUUCGACUUAUGAUUUAGUGAAGGAAGCUUUGCUUCGAGACGAAUUUAACGGUCGACCAGAAUCAUUUUUCUUCAAAGUCCGUUCUUUUGGUAAAAAGAAAGGAGUACUGUUCACCGAGGGUCGAACAUGGUCCCAAUGUCGAAGAUUUACGAUGCGUCAUCUACGAACAUUUGGAUUUGGUCAAUCGAUGAUGACCACAAGAUUGACCAAAGAAGUUGAAUAUCUCGUAGAGAAUUUACGAAAACAAUGCAAACACGGACCAGUACAGAUGGACAUUGCUUUUGACGUAGCCGUUAUUAAUGCACUAUGGGCGAUGUUAACCGGAAAUAGAUUCGAAUACGACGAUGAAAAGUCCACAGAAAUACUAGAAAGUGUUCAUACUUCUUUCAGGAUAGCGGAUACUAUGGGUGGACUGUUAUCUCAUAUGCCGUUUCUACGUUUCAUCGCGCCGAAAUUGUGCAAUUACGACGAAACGAUGAGAAUUUUGAAGAAGCAAUGGAAGUUCAUCGAUGAUGAGAUUGUCAAGCACGAGUUAGAUUUGACGGAUAAAGAACAGCCGCGAGACUUGAUCGAAGCUUUUCUAAUGGAAAUAGCGUCUCGCAAAGAAAACAAUCCCGAUGAAGUGUUUGAUCGCGAGAAUUUGGUGAUCCUCUGUCUGGAUCUUUUGCUUGCCGGAACCCAAACAACGAGCGACAUGUUGGCUAUUACCGUAUUAUUUUUAUCAUUGAAUCCUCAAUGGGUAAAGAUACUUCAAGAGGAAUUGGAUAAGCAAACAGGUAGAACACGAGCACCAACGAUCGAAGAUUCUUCCUCAUUACCAAUGGUAGAAGCCUUUUUAGCAGAGGCACAAAGAUACUUGAUUAUGGCACCUUUUGGGGUACCACACAAGACCACUGCGGACGUUGAAUUUAAUGGAUAUCGCAUACCUAAGAAAACUUUGAUACUCUACGAUUUUGUCAGCGUUAACAAUGAUCCAGUUUAUUGGGAUCAUCCGGAAGAAUUUCGUCCUCAACGUUUUCUCGACGAGAACGGUCAAUUUCGUCAAAACAAUUCCAACAUACCUUUCGGAUUAGGAAAGAGACGUUGUCUCGGAGAAUUACUUGCUCGUUCAACAUAUUUCUUAUAUUUCGUUUAUUUUAUAUAUUAUUUCGAUAUUGAUAUCUCACCUGAGCAUGGCGUACCGGAUCCGAAUGGUUACGAUAGUUUCACUAUAUCACCGAAACCGUUCUACCUUAAGCUCUCGAUGAGAUCCGAUAUAAAGUAGGGAAAUGCACGCCACGUGGCACAUGCCACUGGUGAUAGAUUUGGACUUCUGCGAAAUAGCUUGAUUUCGUUGAACGCGUAAAACGAUUUUUACGCGGUUGAAACAACAAACCGUAUUCUAACGAAAAUUUUCUUUCGAGAGUCAGCGUUGUACGGCAAACAAAUGUGGCGUCGUUUAGCUUAUACAGAUUGCUUGAUCUUGCGAUUGAGUUUAACAUAUAUAUAUAUAUAUGUCUAUUUCAAAUAAAUCCAAUAAUAAUAA